ACAUAUUAUAAUAUUUUAUUUGUCAUUUAGCGAAUCGUAUGCAAUAUUAUCUGAAGCAUAAGCUAUUAAUUCACAUUCAAUAUGUGAACUUUUAUCAUAAAUUUUUCGCAAAAUAUUUACUGCAUCGUUUUUAUUAGUGAUGCAAUUCUGAUGCAAGUAAGUUACAAAAUGUUUAUAUUUGUCAGUAACAUUAUUCAUAUUCUGACACAGUGCGAAAUAUACAUGUUCAAUACAAUGCUCAAGUUCAAACAUAAAUGAUACAGUUGCAGGCUUCAUGCGAAUAUAAGUAUUGUGUAAUGUUAAUUUUAUAUUAUGUUCUUCACGCAGUUUAAUCUGCUGCACAAUCAGUUCGUGAAUCAAUAAUGGAGCCGUUUUUGACUGCAUAAGUCCCUCGAUGUCCAUACGUUUCUCAAUCAACGAUCUCCACGUUUUAUAAGGCAGAGCAAUUUGAUUUCCGCGGUUGUCACCCAGCACCAAUUCCACGUAGGAUAUAGAUCCUGCGUUGAUUCCGAUAUCCAACCAUUUAUAAGAUGUAAGAGUUAGUGCAAACCUUCUCCCCAAAAUGUGUGAUGUGUAUCGUGGUGACGUUCUGUAAAUAAGAUUACAGAUUAAUGAGAUAAAACAAAAAAUAUUGAUGAUGAUGAUGAUGAUGAUGAUGAUGAUGAUGAUGAUGUUCUAUAAGUAAUAAAUAAAAUAGAGAUUUUAUAAGAAACAAUGAAAUAUGAAAAAAGGUAUAUAAAAUAAUUAUAGAUACUUACGAUUUCUCACAUGCUUCGGUCUGGAUCGGAAUGUAGUAGUUCAUUGAUGUGUGUGGCAAUGUUCUGUAAAUACAAAAUAUGGAUAUGUAGAAGCAAAAAUAUGAAAAAUAUAAUUUAAGGAAUGUAUAAAAAUGUAUAGAUACUUACGAUUUCUCGCAUGCUUUGGUUUGGAUUAGAACGUAGUAGUUCGCCAUUUCUCUCGUAUUUUUCAAGAGUUGUCCGCUAACAAUGAGCAACUGAUGAGAGUAACGUUUUUAAAGUUCUUUUUAUUUUAUAAUCCCCACCACCAUAUUGACAUCAAAUGUGGAAAUUACAUAUUUUAUGAUGAGAUCAUACACAUAUUCAAACGUAAAUCUUGCAAGCGUUGACAGAUGUGAUGAGAUCGCAGGAUAGUAAAACUCAGUUUUAGACACGUUUGAAUGUAAUUUAAUAUUACAAUGAAAUCAUAUAGUAUUGCAGAUUUGCAUUUUCAGCAUAAAAGCAUGCGUCAGAGUACAGCAGCUGUGAUGAUAUCAUAGGCACUGAUAUCACAGAUCUAUAAAAUUAAUUUAGACACACGUUUGAAUAUAAUUUGGCAUUACGAUGAAGUCAUGGAGCAAAUGUGACAGUUUUGUAUUUUUAGCGAACGCCUGCUGUGACUCGUUUAAAAGCAAUUUGAUAUCACGAUGAGAUCAUUUAAUAAUUUUACAAAGUCAGUGAUAUCAAAUAUACAUGUGAAUCUUACAAGCGCCGAUUUAUGACAGCUAAGAAGACUUUAGACAUGUAUCAAAUGAUACACUGUGAAUAACAUUUAAAGUGAUGGUGUCAUUAUAAAAUGACAAGAUCGCGAUGCAUCCCAUCAGUCUAUGCAGUCAAGCACAUUGUCCAAAUGGAGCAAACGGAGCGCGAUUUGGUAGAGCAAUCCACUCGAUUGAAUACGCAUAAAGAGUAUAUGGCGUGGGAGCAACGUUGUAUCGAGUUCAUCGAAUCGCUAGAUGGACGCAGCCGCAGUAAAUAUUCGCGAUUGUCAAUUGGCGGAAGACAAUCUGUGAUCGCUUGUAUCACGCGACUAGAAGGUUUGAAACAAAUGAUGCGUGGACGGUUUGUGCAAAUGGGCCCUGGAUAUAGUGCAGGACUCCGAUGGCGUGAGAUAGAUACAGUUUUUGAAAGUCGUAUACUGACUGGUGCUGUGAUUAAUUUCGAACACAUUGAACCGUAUCAAUUUCUAGAGGAUGCGCGAGAAAUUGUGCUUGAGCACGUGCAAAGUGUCAUGCAGAGAUAUGGCAACGUAAAGAUAAACGUUAUUUUUAAUGGUGAAUUUGUCGCAGGUGACAAACGCGCUAAUAAGUGUAUCACAACAAGAAAUUAUGAACUCUUUCAAUGCUCCGAUUUGCAUGAGUGGUACCAGUUACACGUCAUCGAGAUAAUCCUAGCAUCGUUGGAGGAAUUCCAAGAACGCGAUAGCGGAUGGGCGUUGUCGCGUAUACUAAAUUUAACAAUAAAUAUAAACAAAUAUAACCCUUUGCAUGCAGGAUGCAACAUCCAGUUACCAAGUAAAAUUAUGAUGAAGAAAGCGGUAGUUAAUGUAAAAUCAAAUGACAAUGCAUGUUUUGCAUGGUCAGUGGUGGCCAGUCUGCAUCCUGCCGAAAGGAAUACAGAUCGAGAAUCUUCAUAUCCACAUUAUUCUACGGUAUUAAAUCUGAAAGGCAUUGAGUUUCCAAUGACACUGUCACAAAUUAAAAAGUUUGAAAUUCUCAACAAAAUCUCCAUUAAUCUAUACUGCAUCGAGGAGAAGAAAUUAUCUAUUUUUCCUAUACGACUCACCGAACGAAAAAUGGACAAACAUAUAAAUCUGCUAUACGUGCAGGAUGACAAUGUGGGACAUUUUGCGUUGAUAAAGAAUAUGUCCCGUCUCAUGAGUUCACAACUCAGUAAGAAAAAGAAUAAGAAAUUCUUUUGUGAUCGAUGUCUACAUUAUUUUAGUUCGAACGACAAGUUGGAAAUUCACACAAUGGACUGUGGAAAGAUAAACGAUUGCGCUAUCAUAUUACCAAGCGAAGAUGACAAAUGGCUAAGCUUUAAAAAUUACUGUCGAAAGGAACGAAUGCCGUUUAUCGUAUACGCCGAUUUGGAAUGCAUCCUGGAGAAGACUGAGGAUGAGAAAAAUUACCAGCAUCAUCGAGUAUUUAGCAUAGCAUAUUAUGUACACUGUGCGUAUGACAAUUCGCUAUCAAUGUAUCGGUUUCAUCGCGAUAAGAAUUGUAUCGCGUGGUUCGUUGAGCAACUUAAAGAUUUAGCACAAAUUGUAAAUAAUAUUCUGUCGGUUAAUGUUCCCAUGGAUUUAACACAAGACCAAUUUUAAAUAUCUCCGUAGUCCAAUUCGGUGUAUAACCUUUAUCAAAAAUGGUCUUAAAUUUGCUCGCGCGUACCGAUUCACCCACUUUGAACCGCGCGGGUGCAUCAAUUUUUAUGCGACUAUACACAGUGGAUAAGAGUUUUUCGGCAAUCGCAGGGGUAACAUUGAUAGGUCGCAUACCAAUAGUACGAUGCCUUUGCGAGU